CCCGGCGUGAGCACGGCCAUGCGAAGUCAACUCAGACGAGCAUCAUAACCCUGUCCUGCUCACGGCAGCGCGUUGUUGUUAUUAUUGUUGUUGUUUAUACCACAGCACUGACGCGACUUCGAUUAAUAUUAUAUCCGUCGAAGGGGAGAGAGGGGGGGGGGGUGGUUUGUGUUGUUUUCUUCCUCGCGGCGACCUCUUAGAACAACAAAAAACCUCCCCACACGGACAUGAAGCUGUACUGCCUGUCCGGGCACCCGACCCUGCCGUGUAACGUCCUCAAGUUCAAGGCCACCACGGUGAUGCUGGACUGUGGCCUGGACUUCUCGUCGGCGCUGCACUUCCUGCCGCUCACGCUCGUCCACAGUGCUCGCUUGGCAAAGCUGCCCAACUGGGUCUCCAAAGACGGAAACAAGACACUGGAAAAGGAGCUGAAGGAAUGUGCUGGCCGGACGUUCGUAGACUCUGCCCCAGAGUUCUGCAUACCCGAGACGGAGCUGAUCGACCUCUCCACGGUGGACGCCAUCCUCAUCUCCAACUACCACAGCAUGAUGGCGUUGCCGUAUGUCACGGAGCGCACCGGCUUCACGGGCAUCGUCUACGCCACCGAGCCCACGCUGCAGAUCGGGCGGCAGCUCAUGGAGGAGCUCGUGUCCUUCGUCGAGCGGGUUCCCAAGCCCAAGACGGCAUGCAAGUGGAAGAACAAGGACAUCCUCAGGAAUCUGCCGGCGCCGCUCAAGGACGCGGCGGAGGUGGCGGCGUGGCGCAAGUGCUACGGCAUGGCCGAUGUGAACGCCGCGCUGAGCAAGGUGCAGCUCGUCGGCUACUCGCAGAGGACGGAGCUGUUCGGUGCCGUCUCCGUGACGCCGCUGAGCUCCGGCUACUGCCUCGGCAGCUGCAACUGGCUCAUCCAGUCCCAGCACGAGAAGGUGGCUUACGUGUCCGGCUCCUCGCUGCUCACCACUCACCCGCAGCCCAUGGAGCAUGCACCGCUCAGAGGCAGCGACGCGAUGAUUCUGACCGGGCUGACCCAGAUCCCGCUGGCAAACCCGGACAACAUGGUGGGGGAUUUCUGCAGCAACCUUGCGGUGACGAUCAGGAGCGGCGGCAACGUGCUGGUACCCUGCUUCCCGUCGGGCGUCAUCUACGAUCUGCUGGAGUGCCUCUACCAGUACAUGGACUCUGCGAACCUCUCCUCCGUGCCACUCUACUUCAUCUCGCCCGUCGCCAGCAGCUCCCUCGAGUUCUCGCAGAUCUUCGCCGAGUGGCUGUGUCAAUCCAAGCAAUCCAAGGUCUACUUGCCAGAGCCGCCAUUUCUUCACGCGGAGCUCAUCCAGAUGAACCGGCUGAAGCAUUACCCGAGCAUCCACGGCGACUUCAGCUCCGAGUUCCGGCAGCCGUGCGUGGUGUUCGCCGGGCACCCGUCGCUGCGCUGCGGCGACGUUGUCCACUUCCUGGAGCUGUGGGGGAAGAACAACCUCAACACGGUCAUCUUCACGGAGCCAGACUUCCCGUACAUGGAGGCGCUGGCUCCGUACCAGCCGCUGGCCAUGAAGGCGGUGUACUGCCCCAUCGACACCCGCCUCAACUUCAUGCAGGUGUCCAAGCUGCUCAAGGACCUGCAGCCUCUGCACAUCGUGUGCCCCGAGCAGUACACGCAGCCGCCGCCCACGCAGGCUCACCGCACCGACCUCGUGGUCGACUCGCAGCCCCCACCGCUCCCCUACCGGCGCGCCGACGUCAUCUCCCUGCCGGUCAAGCGGCACUACGAGCGCAUCGAGAUCGCGCCAGAGCUGGCGGACUCCCUCAUCCCCAUGGAGAUCAAGCCGGGCGUCGCGGUGGCCACCGUGGUGGGAUCGCUGUCCACCCGCGACAACAAACACACGCUGCAGAUGCUGCCCAAGGUGGCGCAGCCGUGCGGCAUCAGGAAGCGCAAGUGCGCCGAGGACGCGGUGGAGAGCAAACCCCCCAGGCCGCUGCUGUGGGGCAGCCUCUCCAUCGACCAGUUCCUGCAGAGCCUGGCGAAGCACGGGAUAAUGGACGCGCGCGUGGAGGACUCGGCGGACGGUCACGUGAUCCACCUGCCGGGCGAGGACACUGUGAUCCAGGCAUCGGAGGACUCCACGCACAUCAUGUGCGCCAACAACGAGAUCAUGCGGCAGAAGCUGCGUGACGUCCUGCUCAAGCUGCUGCAGAAGCUCUGACUCCGGUGUGAUGGCAGCGCACGUCGCAACAACUUCACGCUAUUACUAAACUGUUUUUUAUUUCAGCAGGUAAGGCCCCACUGAGCUUAUGAGCUCUUUUUCAGAAGCGACCUUGCCAUCACAAAUGACAGCUCAAUGAAGUGGCUUAUCACCAUGUGGAAAUGUAUCGCAGCCAAAUGCUCCGAAUGCGUGUUUCUAACUUGACACGUUUCGCGAGUUUGAAUCCCAGUCCAGAGCGUUGACCAAACCCAUCAUCCGUCCAGGGUCGAUAAAAUUUCUACCACUUUGUGGGGAAGUCAACAGUGGUUGUUGUGCGAUGCGUAGACUCACAAUAUUUAUCCUGGAGAAAUCUGAGGAGCUAUGAAGCUCUUUUUUAAAGAUGUCCAGUUGACUCGCCCACGAUCAUAGAAGUGUGGAAUUUGCACCAAUGGCUCAGGGCUGUAAAUGGGAGAUGAGCGCUUCACUGCUCAUUUGAGGAGCUGGAGAUUGAUUUGACUUUUGACUUGGAGGGAAACAAAUAUAUAAUAGGCAACGUCUCGGGCUAUGGGCUAUGGCCUGAGAGGGAGAUCUGCUAUUAAUUGGAAACCGUUUGGGCAGUGGCCCAAACGGUUUCCAAUUUAAAACACAUUUCUCUGUUGGACACUGUUAUUGACAAAAACGUGGAGUUUUUAAAAAAUAAAUAUUUUUUGUACAGUUGCUCCACACACACGGCUCUCCUUUGUCAAGCCACUGCAGGAUGUGGACCUCUCCAUGCCACGCAGGUCGUGGGGGUUAUCCAAAAUAGGGGGUUAUUUGACCAUGCUUCACCACGCCGGUCAGCAAGGGUUGACGGUGGGGAGCGAAAAUGUUACGGCAUGUAAAGUACACCGGAUGUGUCUGCAUUGCUCUCUGCUGUAUGUGGUGGGGUGGUACAUGAUGAGGAAAGAGGUUGAAAGGUGUCUGGCUCAGCACACAGAUUAUAAAGGUCAUUUUUGUUCUUGACUUUGGAGUCGAAAGGCUAAGUGGCGCAAACGAACGCACUAUUUUAUAACAGAUUCACAGCUAUUGUAAGUUAUACCUCCUUGCUCCGCACGUUCAUCGAAUAAAACAAACAAUUUUAAUACAUGCAGAGAAUGGAUUAUUUAUCUUUCUGGACCCACAUCCCAGUUGUGGUUCAAUGAAUUGUCACAACUUAUGAGUCGGGAUUCAAUUCAAAUAUAGAUGGGUUUUUUUUUUACAAUUGUUUACACAUUGUGGUGGAUCUAAGUGCCCGCGACAGUCAUUACGAUGUACGGUAAACACAAGAUUCUUGCGCACACAGUUUCGAAGCAUGUAUGAUGAGCUGAAAUAAAAUUGAUUACUUCGCUCAUGAUACAAUAAUCGAAUGUGUGCAUGUGAUAUUCUGUAAUUUCUUCUCAAACUAAUUGUAUUAAUGAACGACAGAACAAAGGAGUAUAAAUGCAAUACUAGGUGACAAAAGUAAAAUAGAAACGGUACAAGAUACACAGCAUAAAUGAGCAAACAUUACAAAAAUGAGACCAACAAGACAUUGAAAUGGGGAAUUUUGACCCGUUAUGGUGACAAUUCAUCGUGGGGCUUUUGUGCAAAUAUAAAAAACUAAUAUUUUUAUUUUACCAGGUAAUGCUCACCGAGCUCUACAGCUAGGGACAUGGCCACAAAUAGCUCAAACAAGUGCCUUGUGGAAAUUUAUAGCAGCCAAAUACCCCAAACAUGUGAUGUUGAUUCUAAAUGUGGAGAGGAAAAAUCCAUGCGACCACGGGGAGACCAUGCAAACUCCAAAUAUAUAGGCGUCGGGAUCGAACCCACGACAUCCUGUAUACCUGGCGAGGUAGUUAACAUCUCCCCCACAUGGCACCCUUGCAAACGUAAACGGCUCCCCUCAAACUAUCCACAUUUAUUUUAAUACUGGGGUGUGCAGUAAAUAGCAAAACAUCCUUGGUCAAACGAUAUUCAGCAACCACUUGCUUUCCACAUUGAUUUUGUAAAACCAGCUCCACCGAUGUUGUUCAGCGUUCAAUUCCCCUGUACAGUCGUACGUGAAUAAAGACUCUGGCGUGCUUUUUUA